AUGGAGAAUGAUGAAAUAUGCCUACAGCAAUUUCUAAAAUCUGAGGUUACGAUUGAUGAGGAAAUGAAGCAAGAAAAUAUCGAUGGGCAUGAUGCUGCAACUAAUACAAGUAUAGAUGAAAAACAUUACAUAUUUUCUAAAGAAAUUAGUAAUUCAACUAACACGAAUAAAUCAUUUGAAAGUGUUUCUGAAAAAUGUAGAAUAAACAAUAAUCUAAAACCAUAUAAUUGUGAAUUUUGCCAUAAAACAUUCAAUACAAAGAAGAACUUGAACCAACAUAAAUUUCUUGACACUGGACAAAGACCUUUUGAAUGUGAAAUAUGUAAUAAAUCAUUCAAAAGGAAGGAUAAUUUAAAGGAUUAUAAAAUGAUUCACACCGGUGAGCGUCCUUUUGGUUGUGAAAUAUGCAAUAAAACAUUCACAACAAAGGCAACUUUUUAUGGACAUAAAAUGAUUCACACCAGAGAAAAACCUCAUGAAUGUGAAAUAUGUCACAAAACAUUCAAAUUAAAGCAACAUUUGAAAAUACAUAAAAUGAUUCACAGUGGAGAAAAACCUUAUGAAUGUGAAAUAUGUCAUAAAACAUUCCAAAGAAAGCAUAAUUUAAAUGAACAUAAAAAGAUUCACACUGGACAACGUCCUUAUGAAUGUGAAAUAUGCAAUAAAACAUUUGUAAGAAAAAUGUCAUUAGUACGACAUGGAACAACUCAUACUGAAGAACGUCCUCAUAGUUGUAAAAUUUGCAAUAAAGCAUUUUCAACAAAUAGUAUAUUAUUUCGACAUGUAAAAGGAGUACAUGCUGGAAUAUGCCCUGCUUUUCGACUUUUAAGCAGACAUCUUAACAAUAACCUUCAAACGUCAAAAAUGUCUGAAGAAACAAAUUCAAACACAACAAUUAAAAUUGAAACGAUCGAAUAUUCUCAAGUUAAACAAGAUUUAGAUGAUUAUGAAAACACCACAAGUAUUUGUAUGGAGAAUGAAAUUUGUCUACAGCAAUUUCUGAAAUCAGAGGUUACUGUUGAUGAGGAUAUAAAGCAAGAGAGGAUCGAUGAGCAAGAUUUUCAAGUGAAACAAGAAUUUGAUGGUUAUGAAUGCACAUCACAUAUGAGUAUGGAGAAUGAUGAAACUUGUCUACAGCAAUUUCUAAAAUCUGAGGUUACGAUCGAUGAGGAAAUGAAGCAAGAAAAAAUCGAUGGGCAUGAUGCUGCAACUAAUACUAAUUUAGAUGAAAAACCUUACUUAUUUACUGAAGAAAUCAGUAAUUUAAGUAAUUUUAGCAAUAAUCAUCAAACAAAAGCAUUAUUAAAUGAACAUAAAGCUAUUAUUUUUACUAAAAAACGACCUUACAAAUGUAAAGUAUGCAAUAAAACAUUCACAUUUAGUGGAAAUUUAAGCGAACAUAAAAAAAUCCACUCUGGAGAACGUCCUUACAGUUGUGAAAUAUGUCAUAAAACAUUUGCAACAAAACGAACUUUAAAACAACAUGAAGUUGUUCACACUGAGGAACAACCUUAUGAAUGUGAAAUAUGCGAAAAAACAUUUGCAAGAAAGAGAUCAUUAUACAUACAUAAAAAGAUUCAUACUGGAAAACAUCAAUCAUCAAAGGAUACUGAAGGACCUUUUAGUUGUGAAAUAUGUCAUAAAGCAUUCAAAAGAAAGCAGAAUUUAGAACAACAUAAAACAAUUCAUAGUGGAGAAAGUCCUCAUGAGUGUAAUAUAUGCAAUAAAUCAUUCACAGCAAAAGCUUCAUUAAGACGACAUGAAAUUAGUCACACCGGAGUGCGUCCUUAUAGUUGUGAAAUAUGCGAUAAAACAUUCACAGCGAGAGAAUCAUUAAGUAGACAUCAAAUGAUUCACACUGGGGAACGUCCUUAUAGUUGUGGAAUUUGCAAUAGAGCAUUUCCAAUACUAGAUGCAUUAAGAAAACAUGUGAAAGGAGUACAUUGUGGAAUACGUCCUGUAAGAAAACGUUUAAAAAAAGUUUUGUAUGUGCCGGAAACUAUCCAACCUUAAAAUCCUUUUCUU